AUGUCGUUAGCACCUUUGAAGACUGUAAAUGAUAAACAGCUUAAUACCCGCCCCAACCUGGUUCAUACCCCUGUAAAAGGUGUUAAUGGAAGCCAUGGUGUUGCUGCUGCUCCAUAUGGGACGACAGGGAUAACUACGGCGACGACAACUGCCACUACAACUGGCGCUAAUAUCGGUGUUACUGGCGCGGGGCCAGAUGGUAAAGAAAACUACCAUGCUCCUACUCAGACCUACUUCCAGGGCAAAAAGACUCAAGCUCUGCAUAAUAACAGUAAUAACUUGAACAAUAAUGUUAAUCCUAAUAAUAAUAACAAUAAUAUUAAUAAUAAAAGAGUCGAAGGUCAUGGUGGUCAACCCGCACAAAGGAAAAAGAAGGAAAAAUUGUCUGCUCUUUGUAAAACUCCACCUUCUUUAAUAAAGACAAGAGGCAGAGAUUAUCAUAGAGGUCACUUUCUGGGCGAAGGUGGCUUUGCUCGUUGUUUCCAGAUAAGAGAUGACAGUGGUAAGAUAUUUGCAGCAAAAACCGUUGCAAAACUAUCGAUAAAAACUGAAAAGACGAGGAAAAAACUCUUAUCAGAGAUUCAAAUUCACAAAAGCAUGAAGCACGUUAACAUUGUACAAUUUAUUGACUGUUUUGAGGAUGAGACCAAUGUUUAUAUUUUGUUAGAGAUUUGUCCCAAUGGAUCUCUUAUGGAAUUAUUAAAGAAAAGAAAGGUUCUUACGGAACCUGAAGUCAGAUUUUUCGCAACACAAAUUUGUGGUGCGAUAAAAUAUAUGCAUUCAAGAAGGGUUAUACAUAGAGAUUUAAAGUUGGGAAACAUUUUUUUUGAUAAGGACUACAAUCUCAAGAUUGGUGAUUUCGGUCUAGCUGCCGUACUUGCCAAUGAUAGGGAACGUAAAUAUACAGUAUGUGGUACACCAAAUUAUAUCGCCCCUGAAGUACUAAUGGGUAAGCAUUCUGGACAUUCAUACGAAGUUGAUAUAUGGUCCAUUGGUGUAAUGCUAUAUGCAUUACUGGUUGGAAAACCGCCAUUUCAAGCAAAGGAUGUUAAUACAAUAUAUGAAAGGAUUAAAUGUUGUGAUUUUGGUUUCCCAAAGGAAAAGCCAAUAUCAAAUGAGGCGAAAGUUUUAAUUCAAGACUUAUUGUCAUUGGAUCCUCUUGAGAGACCAUCAUUAACCGAAGUAAUGGAAUAUGUAUGGUUUAGGGGAUUGUUUCCAGCAUUUAUUCAAUCAGAUGUAAUGACUGAAGUACCACAUUAUGAGAAUAAAUUGACCACGGAAGAAUCUUUAGAAAAUUUAAAGAUUUGUAUGGAAAAGUCGGGUUUAAUUGAUAAUAAAGGUCAUAGAAAUCAAAAUGUUUCUUCAUUUAAAGAUAGUAGAUCGGAUCAACAAAAUUAUCAGCAGCAACAAAAACAACAAUGGUCUACUAUUCUACCUGAUUCGUUAUCCCCCGGUGGGACAAAAAACAAAUAUAAAGAGGUUGUCGAUUUAGAAGCACAAAAGAGACUAAAUGAUCUAGCAAGAGAGGCGAGAGUACGGAAAGCUCAGCAAGCUACAAUAAAGAGGGAUUUAAUUGCUACAUCGACGAAUUUAAUCAAAUCUGAGAUAUCAUUGAGAAUUCUCGCUAGUGAGUGUCAUUUAACAUUAAACGGCAUAUUAGAAGCAGAAGCACAAAAGAGAAUGGGUGGACUGCCGCAUACCAGAUUACCAAAAAUCAAGCAUCCAAUCGUGGUAACAAAAUGGGUAGAUUACUCAAAUAAACAUGGAUUCUCAUAUCAAUUAUCAACAGAGGAUAUUGGAGUCUUGUUUAAUAAUGGUACUACAGUAUUGAGGUUAGCCGAUGCUGAAGAAUUUUGGUAUAUAAGCUAUGAUGAAAGAGAAGGUUGGGUAGCAAGUCAUUAUUUAUUAGCAGAAAAACCAAGAGAGUUAACAAGGCAUUUAGAGGUGGUUGAUUUUUUUGCGAAAUAUAUGAGGGCUAACUUAAGUCGAGUCUCAACAUUCGUAAGAGAAGAGUACCAUAAAGAUGACGUAUUCUUGAGAAGAUAUACAAGAUUUAAACAAUUUGUUAUGUUCGAAUUAAGCGAUGGAACAUUUCAAUUCAAUUUUAAAGAUCACAACAAGUUAGCCGUUUCCGAAGGUGGUAAGCUAUUGACAUAUAUUUCUCCAUCACAUGAAAGUUUGACCUAUCCAUUGGUUGAGUUAUUAAAAAUUGGAGAAAUUCCAAGUUAUCCAGAUUGUAAUCUCAUGGAAAAGUUAAUACUUAUAAAAGAAGGCUUAAAGCAAAAAACAUCAAUUGUUACUAUAGAACAAAACCAACAUUAA